AUGGGUAUAUGUUUUGGAACUAAAAAAAAUGAUCGCUAUGCAAUUAUUCAAAAAUAAAUCAACAUUACAGUGAAAGAAUAAGAAGAUAUGUAAAUUCAGGAAGAAUUAGCAUACUAGUAUUAAAAAUAACUUGAUGAUGAAGAAAUUACACUUAAAAUAAAUACACAACCUCAAUCAAUACUUAACAAAGAUUUAAAUGAAACAGCUAGUUAAUAAAUUAUUGAAUAAAAGUCUUCAAAUAAAAAAAAAAGAAAAAAAAAACACAAAGACGAAAAUUAUCUCAAACAAAUAGAGUAUCAUAUUACUAUUAAAUCUAUUAUUAUUGAAGAAGAAUAAGAUCAGACCUAAUCAUAAUAUAAUAUUCUUAUGGUUCUUGAAUAUAUGGGCUAUUCUCAUAAUGUCUAAUUAAAAGGGGUGUUAAUUAAUCAUCCAAAAAAAACAUUUCAGCUUACACCAAAUACUUAUGAGGAUGCUGCUAGGCAUUCUAGAUUUAGUCCUUUUUUUUAAAAUGACUUUUACUUUAAUAUUAAUGCUGAUCCAUUACAUAAUACUAAUUAUUUUGAAAAAUUGCUAAAUGUUGAAAGAACUGUGACAAAAGAUAGACAAAUUAGAAUUUCACCUACUAAAAGAUACUCAAAAAGAUAAUCUUCUGUUUUAGAUGAACAUUAAAGUCCAUCUCCAUUAAAAAAAAAAUAAAAUGUAAAAAAGUCAGAAUUUAUAAGUGAAUUACUUGAAGUUGUAUAAAUUUUUGAUUUAGAAGCUCAACCAAGAUUUCUUUAAAUUUUAUUCGCUUUGCUAUUAAAAGAAUAAGUACCAUAAAUUAUAAAUAACUUCGUUUAUAUAGAAGAAUUGAUAUUUUUAUUUGAUUAACUUCCAAAAAUGGAAUAACCUAAUAUUUAUAGAAUAGCAAUUUUUUAUGAAACUCUUGAUUAUAAUCUUCAUGAUUUAAUUGUUUAUAUGAAACAUGAAGAAGUUAAGUUAUCCUAAAUUUGCUUUCUAAAAUUAGCACAUAAUUUAAUAUAAGCUUUAUACAAUUGCUAUUCAAAUCAUUGUUAUAGAAUCAAUUUCACUUUAUCUACAAUAUUUUAUACAAAACGAACUAAAAAAUUUAAAAUAUAAUCAUUUUGUAGAUUGUAAAGCUUAAUUCCAUUUGAUGGAGAUCAAUAAUUAAAUUUAAAGAAUGUUCCUGAAUAGAAAUUAAAAUUUUUUAUUAGGUCGUUUAGGAGAGAUUUUGCUGCUUUAUGUGAUUUAAUUCUAUACAUGAAAGAUAUUAAUAAAUCAUUAGAUGAAAUAUAAACUCUUCGUAAAUAGGCUAAAAUAAAUAAAUCUUCCUAGUAUUUAGAAUAUACAGAAACCAUUCUUGAUAAAGAAUUUGAGAAGAGUUUAGUUGAAGUUAUAAGAUUUAGUUUAGAUGAAAUCGAAUACUUAAGAUUGAAUGAGUACAUACUUUCAAAUUAUUAAUAGAUUACUGAAUGAUUUAAAAGAUUCUAUAUCUAUUCUAGAAUAACUUAUAGCAGAACUUGAAUUAAAAAGUGAAACUGAGAAAAAAAUAUCCAAAGAAAAUUAAAAUUUUUAAAUUUAUGAUAAGUCAAAUAGUGAUAGAGAUGAGUAUUUAACAGAAAUUGAAAAUUUGGAUUUAAUAUAAUAAAUGAACUCUUUGCCAGAAUUUAAUAAAUCUCUUAAAUAAACAUCACUAAAAUGUCUAUAUAAAGAAUUACUUUAUUCUUCUAUAUUUAUGAAUUAUCGUUUCUAAUAAAAUUGCAUAUCUUAUUAAUAGAAUAGCUCAGAUACAUUACAUGCUGUACAUUCUCAUAUAUUAUAAUCAUUUCAUUAAAUUAAUUAUGAUGAAUCAUAUUAUGAAGCUUCUCUACUUGAAUAAACUAAAGUACUUUUACCAUCAAUAGAUUAAGCCAUAGCUCAUCCAAUAGAUAGACAAGAUCCAUUUCAUUAUUAUGUUUUGAUAAACUUGCUAACUUUAUCCCAAGAUAAACCAUUUCCUCUUAUUAUUCAAUUAUAAAGAUUAAUGGAAGCAUAAUAAAAGAUUAAAAAAGACUAAAUUAAACCAAAAUUAAAAUAGAAUCAUGCUCCAGGAGGAAUAAUUGAAAUGAGAAAAGCAAUCUUUCUUUAAUUGUUUUACACAGAAAAUUUGAUAAGCAGACACAAUUAUUCUUAAGCUAUCCAUUAUAUGUAAAGAAUAAUUACAUUAUUGCAAAAGUAAAAUCAAAAGAAUUCUAUUCUUUAUGCUUAUUGUCUAUUUUUAAAUGGAUAAUUAUGUGCAAAAACUAUGUAAAGCAUUUCUGCUAUGCUUAAUUUAGAAAUGUGUAAAUAAUUAUAUGAUUUAUAUUUUCCAUCAUCUUUAAUUGUUGGAGAUAAAAUAAUCGAAUCUAAAUUACAUUAAUAAUAAUAAAAUCAAAAAUAAGAAAAUCAAUAAGCAAAACCUUAAGCUAUGGUAAAGGAUGUUGACAAUUUAUCAACAACAAAUUAAUCUCUUUUAGAAUUUCGAUUGGGAUAAAUGUAUUCUUAAUUAAAUGAUCAAGAAAAUGCACUUAAAUGCUUGAAAAGGGCAAAGGCUAUAAGAGAAAAAAGAUUUGAAUAAUUUUCUGAUUAAGUGAUUGAAGUAACAUUAGAAAUCCUAAGAGUUUAUGUAGAUUAGGAAGAAAGUGGAGCUGUUGCUAAAUUAUGCUGUUAAUUAGCAGCUGUAAUGAAUCAAAAAUACAAGAAUUAAGAGAGUUUAAAAACUAAAAAUGUUGGAAUACUUCAAUUAAUUAUGGCAGUAAUCUAUGAAAGCAAUGGAGUUUUGGUUAGUUCAUUAAGAUUUUAUCAAAGAGCUUUAAGAACAUUUUAAGCUUCAAAAUCAAAUAAUUAUAUUCGAUAAUUAUAUAUUAGUGAUAAAAUUAAAGGAAUCAUCGAAAAAAUUAAGAAAAUAGCUUAUCAGACUAUUUCAAUGGAUAAAUCAUCCAUAGAUUAGCUUAAUAAUUUAAAAGGUUUUUUAAGUAUCUCGGACAUUCUAAAACCUUACUUUUCUAAUUCCUACUAUUAAAACUAAAAGCAAGGCAAUAUUACAAAUUAAAAUGUUGUUUCUUCUUUAGUUUAUGCAAAUGGAUAUCUGAAUAAUUCUGAAUUAAUUGAUGCUCUUACAAGAUAUUAAGCGGUUCAUAAAAUUUAUAAAAAAUAAAGAAUUGAUGAAUGUUUUGGUAUUGUUUUAGAAAAGCUUGGAUUAAUAAGUAUUUAUCAAAAGAAAUUUAAUUAAGGAAUUCAUUAUUUGAAAUUAGCCUUAGAAAUUCAUGAAAGAUAUUUCUUGUUCCCAAUCAAAUAAUGCAAUAUUAUCAAAAUUAAUCUUUACAUUCUUUUAGAUAUGGCUUUAAAUAAUUAACAGAAAAAAAUUUUGGAUUAAUUUGAUGUUAUUGAAAAAUUUAUAGAUCAAAUAUAUGAAGACGUUCAUUGGAAUUUGACUCCUUAAAUAGCUUCUAGAAUAAAUAAAUUUAAAGUAAUGUCAGCUAAAAUAGGAUCAAAAGCUUUGCAUUAGAUUUAAGAACUUAUUCAUUAUAUAGAUCUUUACUAUAAUGUUAAGAAACUAUUGUAUGAAAACUUUUCAGAUCCUCAAAAACUUUAAGAAUAGGCUUAAAUAUAUUUAACCAAAAAACUAAUUUAACUGUGUAACAAAAAAAGACAGCAUUGGAUAGAAAAAAGGACUAAAUGUUAGAUUGGCUAAUUAGCUUAGGUUUAUAUUAUUCAGAAAAGAAGAGUCUAUAGCAUGUAAUCUUGUAAUGAGACCAAAAAGGUAGAAGAAUAAACAAAAAGUAGGAUAACAUAAAAUUCUACGAUCCUGGAUUUCACAAAUGAAAAGACCCAAAAAAAUUAAAUCUCUUCAGUUGAUGAGUCCAAAGAAACUACAUUACCUAAUAAUAAAAUUUUAAUAGAUUUAAGAUCUGCUGAAGAAAUUAUGGAAGAUCAGAGAUAACGAUAAUUAGAAUUAUUACAAUAACGCAAAUUGCGUUUAGCCUAGAAUUUGAGUUAAUCAAAUGAAUACAAUGUUUAAAAUCAGCAAAGCUAAAAUGGGUCUUUUAUAAUAUCACGUUAAAGUUAAAUAUUAUAAUUUAAUCAAAUGAAGUAAAUUUUGUAAAAUUAAUCAUAAUAAACAUAAGAAAGCCAAAAAUCGAUUUUGAUUAAAGAAAAUUAAUAAUAAUAGUAAUAAAAUUAAUCUUCAAUAAAUUUAUAACCAAUAAAAGUGGUAGGACGACAAAAGAAAUCAUUAUCAUAACCUGGAGUAGAGUAAGACCUACAGAAGAAUUCAUACAUAAAAUUAUCAGAUGAAGGAUUAACAAAUAAGAGAAGGAGAACUAUAAGUUAAUAAAGUUUGGCAUCAAUCAAAUAAGUAAAAUUAAAAAUUAACCCUUUUGAAAAAUCUGUUAGAAAAAAAUGA